CAGGCGCAGCGGAGCGACAGGGCGCUCCCUGAGGAGCGCGCCGGGGCUGGCAGCCACCUUAGGGCACAGAAACUCUGGAGAAGGCGCCUGGACAGCGGGGGCGCGGACAGAGCUGAUACUUCGUUCGCCUCGCCCGCUGCGUGCCUUCGCCUACCCUUGGUGCAUGCCCUCUGUGCCGUCCUCACUGGAUUCUCACGUCGAGACUCGAGGAAGAGCUGCAGCGACUCACGCUAAGGACCCGUGGGCGAGUGGAGUGGAGAAGUUCAGUUCGCAGGAGCUCGGAGACAGCUCCUUCAUUCCAAAGACCCCAAAGCAAAUUACAGAGGAUCCUUAGGCUGCUUCAAGAUGAACUCCAUAGAAGCCAGUCCAAUUACCACAACCCCUUUGAACUUCAGCCUGGACUUCAGAAAUGCCACCUCUGUGCCUUUGAAUGAAACUGUAUGUGAAAACUGGAAAGAGAUCCAUCACCUUGUUUUUCAUAUGGCCAAUAUUUGUUUUGCAGUUGGGUUGGUUAUUCCAACUACUUUCAAUCUCCAUAUGAUUGUCUUACGAGCUAUGCUAUCAAUAGGGUGUGUACUUUUUAUCAUCUGGGCAACCCUUUUCCGUUGUGCUGUGGAUAUGAUGAUCUGGAAUACGGUAUUCCUUGUUGUCAAUCUUCUGCAUUUUAUAUACUUGCUGUACAAGAGGAGGCCGAUAAAAAUAAAUAAAGAGCUCAAUAGCCUGUACAAGAGAAUGUUUGAACCACUCCAUGUUCCUCCAGAGCUAUUCCAAAGAUUGACAGGACAGUUCUGCAAUAUUCAGACUCUAAAAACAGGUCAAGCAUAUGCUGCAGAAGAUAAAACAUCAGUGGAUGAUCGAUUAAGUAUUCUGCUAAAAGGAAAAAUGAAGGUCUCCUAUCGAGGACAUUUUCUGCAUAAUAUUUACCCAUGUGCCUUUAUAGAUUCUCCUGAAUAUCGAUCAACUCAGAUGAAUCGGGGUGAGAAAUUCCAGGUUUCAAUUACUGCUGAUGAUAAUUGCAAGUUCUUAUGCUGGUCCAGAGAGAGACUUGUCUAUUUUCUAGAAUCUGAGCCAUUUCUUUUUGAAAUAUUCAAGUAUCUUAUUGGAAAGGAUAUUACAAACAAGCUAUACUCAUUGAAUGAUCCAACCCUAAGUGAUAAGACAUCCCAAAAAAUAGAUCGCCAGCCCAGCCUGUGUUCUCAGCUGUCUGUGAUGCAAAUGAGAAAUAGCAUGGCUAGUUCAAGUGAUGGUGAAGAUGGUUUACAACAUUUUCUCCGUGGGACUUCUACUGCAUCCUCCCUUCGCCAACCAUCUCCUUAUUUAAGAACAUCACCCAAAAUGAAACCUAUUGAAGAAAGCGUGGAAGACGAUGUCUUUGAAGCUCCAUCUGCCAAACCAUUUAAAGGCCAUGAGUGAUUUCACAGGACAUUCACUGAAUUGGACAGAAGAAAUGCAACUGUAAAUGAGAUUUUCAAAAUGAUGGCAUUGUUAUUUGUGUUUUAAUUUUGUCUGUCUUUUGGACCUUAAAAUAUCUAUGAGCAAACUUUUAUUGAUCACUCAAACUGUAUUAACCCCCACCCCCAAAGAUCUUGUUUGUUUCUGUAGAACUAAAAGACCCAUUUAGGGCCUUUUUAUGCUUGGGUGAAUGGAAUAUUUCAUCUAUGUCUAUAUGAGGAAUGGAGGAACUUUAUAUGCACAAGGCAUUUGUGCAGAUAUCUGGCCCCUGUUCUAUAGUAAAUGGCAACUUUCAUAGCA